AAAAUAUCGAAUAAUCGAUAAUAUCGAAUAUCGAUAAACAUCUCUAGUUGCGUCUGUGGCGCGAAAACAAGUUCUCCGAAUGUUUCCGUCAGUCGCGUCGACAUAACCUAACCUAUCAAAUUAAUUCAAUGUUGGUGCUGUCGAAUAAACACGCGAAAUAUGUUCAUUAUUGUUUCUCAUUUUGUACAUUCUUUUGUCGCGGAAUGAUUUAUUGAUAAUUUAAAUGUUGAAUUACCUUUUUCAAGUGGAUGAAUAGGUGUAUUAUUAUAUUGAAACAUACCGCAAACUGCUUGCAAACUGAAGGAAAAGAGAAGUGCUUCAUUACAUUCAUUCACAUCUCUUUAAAUUUAUUCGUUGCUUGAUACUAAUGUAUGUAUACCGCGUAUAUUGUGUAAUUGGCAUGUGCGUUGAAAUUGAUAUUUGCAAGUGAUGAAGUGAUUUGUUGCAAUGAACAUUUAUUCCGGGCUGUGAUCGUGAAAGUGUUCUUCUAAUCUGUAAGAUCCUUCUUAAGAAUAUGCAAUAAUUGGUGAAGGGAAUAUAAACUCUCCGAGUCUCUCAAAGCAUUAUUCUAGAGUGUGUCAAAGAUGUCAAAUGGAAAUAUAUCUCUUGCCUUCCUUGAGCGUUCCUCUGGACCACAUGAUCUCGACGAUCAAGUUUCUAGGCUAAAAGCACUAUUAGAAAACCAUAGUUUCUCUUUCGAUAUAGAACAGUCACUAGAGGCAUUGAAGCAAUGUUUAUCAAUGUGCACGACCGAAUCACUCGACGAGCAAAUCUUCAGCAAAAUUUUGCCAAAAGCUCAUCAUUUUCUAUCAGAGGUUUUAAAGGAUAUAGACAAUAUAAUAACAGAUAAUAAUAUAAACAUCGACGAUUUGGAUGAUGUCAAGCGCAAAUUGGACAUCAGUGAUGGACUACUUGUUUUCUGGAAAAGAUGCUUGGAAUGUGUUUCCGCACUUGGGAACGUUCGGGCAUGCUAUGUGUUUUCAUUAUGUGAUAUUCUGCCUAAAAUUGUAAUAAUCGUCUUUAAACAUUGCAAAGCCAGCUCAAAAUAUGGAGUGUUAUUGAACGGAACAAUACAGGAGCUGAGAAAUUUGUUCGCGAAGGCGAGCUCGAUCUUCAAGCUAUUUUUUACCGCUUUGGACAGCGUAAUCGUCUUCGACAUGAAUGUGCAGUCGGAAAUGGAGCUGUUAAUGAAAGUGAUUGAUGCGUAUGGCGACGUUGCUUCCAUCGCAAAUGGAAUGGACACCAAAACAUUCGUUGAAUUCACCGAGGCAUUCUUCAAACUGGCGAUUGUUCAUCAGAAUAAUAUCAAGCCAUGCAGCAUCACGACACAUCUUGGUCGAAUGGCAAAAGAUAUAUCUUACUUUUUGUCAGUCAACAAGGAGCAGAAGAGUAAUAAUAUGGAUCGCACAAUGAUGGCUGUUACACGUUUGUUGAAAAUACUUGAGAAAUUAACAACGGUUUAUAGCGCAUUACUCACAUAUCAGACAAUAUCAAACUUGAUUGAACUUUUGGCACAAAUGCACGGAUAUUUAUAUUUACAUCUAACAAAAGAUGGUGAAAAAAUACUCCCAAUCAGUGCGGCAUCUUUUUUAGAUAUCAUCUUUAAUCACGACAAUUUCAAACAGGUAUACUUCGAAUACGGUAGGCAAAUUACUUCAAAUGGUAAAUAUGAGCAUCGAUUAGCUUAUCAGCUACUGACCAUCGCCAUCAUGAAAAAAAUAAAUCGUAUGCCGUACGAGUGCCAUUGCAAAUGGUCUCUGGGUCCAGAUUCGAUCCUGGAUGUUGCUCUCACAUUUAUAAAAUAUUUUGAAGAAGAAAUAUGCACUGAGAAAUCACGAUUACUGGGCGCUCAUGAAAUCGGCGAACGACCACGAUUGAUCAACAUCUAUGAGGCAACUCUGGUGCCUGUUUGCGGUCUGGUCACUCAGAUCACACCAGAAGCUUUUUGUACGGUUGAGCUGCUUUUAUUGAAACAUCUGCUAUCUGGUUGUCUAUGGAGUUCUCUACUGAGCUCAGAUGUUUGGUAUUUUAUUGCUAGAGUUGGCACAUCACAGUUAUGCGCUAAUCAUAUCAACUACUUGAUCAAAAUUUCGGCGGUUUUGCGAGAAAGAUCUGAUAGUAUAGAAGCAGUCAUGGUGGAUAACACAAUUGUCAGACUGUAUGAACUACUGACUGCAGAUGUGAAAAUUUCUUUAAUUGGGGAUCUUGUCGAUUUAGAUAUUCUGAAUCAUUCUGCAUCUUAUAUUGUAUAUUUUUUAACACCGAAAGCUAAAGUUGUUUAUUCAGAAUACCAGCAUGAUUUCAAGAAUUUGUCGAAGAUUUUUUGGAAUUUACAAGAAUAUCCUUCUGUUCACAACUGGAAGCUUCUUAGACGACAUUUAUCUCCAGUAGUGGCAGUGGAUUAUAGCGGUAAUGAAAAUGUUACCGAUAUUCUUCCUAAAAUAUGGAGUUUUGUGAGUGAUGCAGUCACCGAAUGCGAUAGCAAGCAACUGGACAUAUUGUCCAACUUAAUCGUUAUCCUGCUUCAUGUUACUCAUCUCAGAAGUUUUCAAGAUGAUGUCUCACAUUUGAUUCUGACAUCCAUUGAAAAUUCAUGUGUCUGUCUGUUAUCUCGAGGCAAGAUCGAGGUCUGUCAAUUUUUACAAAAGUGUGUCGAAGAUUUUGAUCGGUACGCAGUUCAAGCCAUUGCACUUAAUUUGACUGGACUGUUUGGUCGUCUAUUACAGACUGACAGUCCUUGGGUACGCCAAGAGACUCUAGAGACCUUUGAACGUGUAGGUCACGUAUGCUCAGAACAGCUGGUUGCUGAAAUAGCACGAAUUCUAGCUAAGAUAUCGGAUGUUAAUAACAUUAUGCAAGCUUAUUUAUCCUCAAAGCCAUGCUACACCCUUACGGGUUUUGCAGACGUACAGAACUACUUCAAACACUUGGCUAGAGCUUUUCAAAAUUGCCGCAAAGAACACACGUGUUACGAAUACUACGAAUCCAAGAAAGAGGAAAAGAUACCGAGAUUGGAGAAGAUGGAAAGUUUGCAAAACAUUAUCGUCCCGGUAUCAACCCAAUUAGACGCUCAAGCAGAAGAAUUGUACAGGGAAUUGACGAAGGUAUUGGAAGGUCAAGCUGUUGUCAAUAACACAGUCUGUAGAAAACUGAAAACUAUCUUGGAAAAAAUUCUUGACGGUUCCGAGAAAUAAAGUUUCAUAGAAUUCACAGAAAGUCGCGUUAUUUUGUACAAAGAAUAAAAAUUAUAAUUUGUUUUUUUUAAAUAUAAGAUGUUAUCUAAUAACUUAUAAAUAAAAACGUAUGAUAUACAGGAAAAGAUUACUUUUCAAUCUCAGCAGAUUCGGAUCGAAAGAUAAGAAGCUUACAAAGUAGUCCAUUUGUUCCUUUUUAAUGAAGUUUUGCGGAUACAAAAUUAGUAAUAAUCAAUAAUCCUAUUUUCUCUAUGUGUUGACAUAUUUUUAUACACAUUUUUACUAUUCAGUUAUCAAUAAUUGAUUAACAAUUGACAAAAAUAGUUAACAUAAUAUAAAAAUCAAUGAUACAAUCGAUUGAAUAAAAUUUACAUUAACAUAUUAAAACUUUUUAAAUUAAUGCUCUCCGGUUAACGUAUUAAUUUCGGUAGAAUUUACAAUUGUUUAAAUGCCAUGUUGCCUCGUAUUUACAUAUUACCAAUUCGGAAUAAAUUUUUAAUUAAUAACGCACGUUUGUGAAAAUAUAAAUAUGGAAAAUGUAAAAAUAGAUCAUUUUCUUAUGCAAGGAAAAUAUGCGAUUUCAUGCGAUUAUUAUUUAUUUCCUGAAUUUGACAUGACAUUGACAUGAGUCUGUGAAAAAUGUUAUAUCGAGCAGAGAGAUAUGUCAUGCGUUAUUAAUCACGCUCAUGAACCUGUAAACUAGUGCAUCUAUUGUAAUUUGUACCCUGUAAUUACGAAAAUACAUUAUGUUAUCGCUUGAGCAUUGAGACAUCGAGUCAAUUUGUCUAUAAUUAAACAACAACUUGGUGUCAUUACCUUAUAUCAAACUACAGGCUCUUUUGCGAAACAAAUUCAAAGCAUUAACAUAUUUUACUAUAAAUGCAUUGUAUUUGCAUCCAUAUUUGCGAUUUAAGUAAUAAAAAAGAUUUAAUU